AUGGGUCGGCAUGCCUGGUGCCACUGCUGGGCGCUGGCUGCACUUUUUGCCAUUUUUCAGAGCCCGGUGAGCCUCGUGAACCCGAGCCUGGCGAGGGCUUCGUGGCCUUGCAGGUCUGCUCGCAUCACCCGAGCGGCAAACCCAGAGGCAAUCUGGCAGGAGGCCCUGCAGGCGGAGCGAGACCGCUCGGAGCUGCUGCUGGGCAAGUUAGAGGAUCUUGAAGGCCUCGGGGCGGCCGAUGAUGCGCAAGACCGGCGCCGGUCUCUGCAGGAAGAGCUCUCCAGCUUCCUGGCCACGGAGGUGCCCCAGACUCAGAGCUCCUUUGAGAAGCUGAAAAACUACAACGACGAGCUGGACGAGGCUCUGCAGUCGCUGCAGAAUCCUCGCCGCAAGACGAGCAUGCCCUCCUUCGUGCCAACUUCUGGCCGUCUCGCUGGCGAUCCGGUGACCAUCGACAUCCUGCCUCCUGUCCGUGAGACGGACGGCCCCGCUUUGGUGCCGGGCGCCGCGCACGUGCGCGUCUCGCUGCCGCUCUCGGACAACUCGGAGCUGAUGUGGGGCUCCGACCUCACGCCACUCUACGAGCCAAGCGGCGCCCGGCUCAUGUGCUUCACGGCCUUCCUGCCCCUGGGCCUCCGCCUGGUGGAGGUUCAGAGGCCUUUGGAUGUUCCAAAAGCGGAUGCGGACCUCGUGGUGGUGCUGUCUGUUGACCCAAAGAGCGAGGCCGACAUGCUGGGCAUCCAGGUGGGCGACAUCGUCCGUGCGGUGUCCUUCGUUGGACAAGGCCCAGACCCGGGCUGGCUGGACAAGAUGUUGGGUGCGGAGGCGAUGCCCAUGCAGCAGGUGAUGAAGUGUGAUGGUCGCUCAGCGGAUGAGGUAACUGAAGCGUUGGACUCCAACCGCGAGAAUCGUGAUGGCCGCCUGGUGCUGCUGCUGGAGCGGCCCCCAUGA